AUGUCUGAGGUUUUACUGAAUGACUCAGCUGUAAAGCAGGAAUAUUUUGAAGACGAAGAAAGCCUCUUGAAAAGUGAUGUGUUCGAUUCCGUACCUGAGACACUGUCGAAUGAAUUGACUGAGAUUGGUUUUGACAACGGAUGUCCUGGUGUUGUUGGUCGUGAUCCAUAUGGUGACCUAUUUUUAAUGGAUCCCAAUGACCUACUUGGUGUAAGGGAAGAGGUCAUUGGGAAUGACACAAGUAACAGCCCGGAAAGUGUACCUGUAUGCGAUUCAAAUAUUGCUACGGCGGAUGAAUCUAACGACUCUACUAAUGAACGAAUCAAUUUAAAACGAAAAAAGACGAAAAUUCGACACUACAACUUGACCAAACAGGAAAUGGAUAGCCGUGAGACCUCAGAUCCAGAUGAAGGAGCGCAAAACAUGGAUUAUUCGCGUUCUAAACUUCCGUACAUUCAUCCAUCGAUAAAAGUUGACCCUGAAACUGACUUAGGAAAUCUGCCGUACGUUGUAUACGGCAACACAGUUGGGGGCUUAGGUGGCAAAAGCUUUCUGGUAAAUCGCCGGUACUCGACAAAUGCCAGCCACAAACAAAUCCAUGUUUGGCAUGGACAGCCACGCUAUCGGCGCCAUUUUCCCUUGUGUACUACUGGAACAAGUGGUACUCGAUUCAUUCCUCAAGCUUAUUGCCUUGGUAGUUCGCAGUCAUUUCAAGGACAUUCCCGUAUAACUUUAAAACGUUUCCCACAAUCGAUUAUCCGACCUACUAUGGACGAAACUGAGACAGUGUUUGUCGCAAGUCCUCGAUAUAAUGUUGCUAACGUGAUUACGAAUGAUUCAUUUACACCUGGUGGACCUGCCUUGACAGUUAUCAGUCCAAACACAAAACACCAAACAGUUACAUGCCAAACCAACCAGCUACCCCCCAUCGCCCCUGCUCCAGGAAGUCUGGAAUCUUCUGGAUCUAAUGACAUUAAUCCGUCUGGUGUGUACGGAUCCUCGAAUUCCGGUAGUAUGCUUCGUACCGUACCGUGCCCACACAAAGGUUGUGGAAAGCUGUUUCGUGACAAUUCUGCUAUGCGUAAGCAUUUACACACACAUGGUCCACGGGUACACGUUUGUGCUGAGUGUGGAAAAGCAUUUGUUGAAUCUAGUAAAUUAAAAAGACAUCAACUAGUUCAUACUGGUGAGAAACCUUUCCAAUGCAAUUUUGAGGGUUGUGGCAAGCGCUUUUCAUUGGAUUUUAAUUUACGCACACAUGUACGUAUACACACUGGUGAUCGUCCUUACAUAUGUCCGUUCGAGAAUUGUCACAAACGUUUUGCCCAAUCUACAAAUUUAAAGUCUCAUAUUAUGACACACGCCAAGGUCAGAUAUCGAGGUCCACGUAGCUCUUCAACAACUUCACAAACACCCGGAUACUUCUCUGAACUUGAUGAAUUAUCAAUUCCUCAGCAGUCUUCGGUUUCUGAUAAUGUCGAUGAUUCGAACAAACCCUAUUCUGCACUAGAAAAUGAUGGCGGAAAUAAUAUACAAGCCAAAAGUACAUCUCCUUUUAUGGUAACCUCAUCUAAUUCUUCCAACUCAAAACAACCAUAUAUAAAAGCUCCUCGAGGUUAUACUCGCCCAACCUCGGCAUCACAGUACACUUCUCAUGAGUCGCCACCACCUCCAUACGCGAUCGAUGAGACAUCUUUGUCUGUAUCCACAGGUUCUAAAUGUGAAUUGCGGAACGACCCAUACAUUAUACUACCGAAAUAUACACACAGUAGGCGGAAAAAUUCCAAACCAACUAUUAACCCUAAUGAUGAUAUUGAUGAUGAUAAUGAUGACGAAGACGUAGAAGAUUGUUUCAUAAAGCAAGAAUUUGAUCGUAGUUUCAUAUUAUCGGAUCCAGGUAUCGGUUCCGAAUUGUUCGUUGAUUCUGCUCAAGAAGAUCGUGAUAUAUGGCAUACUAAUGAAUAUUCCACUUUAGAUCGUCUACAUUUGUCUAAUUCACUGGGAAGUUCAAACCACCAACCUAUUAUUAUGUGCACAAGAGAUCAGCGUCGCAGGAUAAUUCAACAAAGCAAUAUUAUGCCAGACUAUAUUUUAUGUCGUCAACAAACGAUACCUAUCUUGAGAUUGCCUACUCCUGCGCGUACAGUAGUAUCUAUUGGACGACCACAGCAGCAGUCUUGA